AUGCCUUUGAAUCUGAGAGACUUUGUGCAGAAGCAUCUCAACUACAGCUACAAGCGGAGUGUCGAGUAUCGUGGGGAUGAGAUCGUCGAACUCAUCGACAUGGCAAAGCCCAUCAUCUGUCGAGACAGGGAGGGAUCUGCCUUGGUGGAUGUCCCGAUUCCAGUCAACGUCGUUGGAGACAUCCAUGGCCAAUUCGGAGACCUUUUGAGGAUCUUCUCAGCUCUCGGAUUACCCGGAAAACAUCGCUAUCUUUUCCUUGGAGGUAAGUCCGGGAAAUUUUUUGCUGAUUCGGUCUUUAGAUUACGUGGAUCGUGGAGAGAAUUCGGUGGAAUGUAUCUGUCUUCUGUUAGCCAUGAGACUCCUCGCCCCGGACCGUGUGUAUCUUCUCCGCGGGAAUCAUGAAUGCGAACUUGUCAAUCGAACUUAUGGCUUCUGGGAGGAACUUCAGCGUCGUUUUUCGAUUGGUUUGGCCAUGAAAUUACACAAGGAGUUUAACGUCGUCUUCAGUCAUCUUCCUUUGGCUGCAUGUAUUAGGAAACGUAUACUGUGCAUGCACGGGGGAAUUAGCCCCAAACUCAACUCCUUGGAUGACAUCCGAAAGAUCCGGUUGCCGUUUAUGGACCCGGUUCCGGAUACUCUAGAACAAGAUUUGCUUUGGGCAGACCCUUCCAGUUCCAUAAAUGGCUUCGAAUUCAAUCGCCUCAGGGAUGUUAGUGUUUGCUUUGGAGCUGACAUGGUUAAGAAAGUCUGCAAGAAGUUGGACCUGGAUCUCAUUAUAAGAGCCCAUCAGGUAGCAUUAUUAUCGCUUUUUUGUGACUUUAUCAACUCUCACUUUCAGAUGAUGCCUAAUGGUUAUGGAUUCUUUGCAAACAGGAAGAUGGUCACCGUUUUCUCCGCUUCUAACUACGUCCCGGAGGUGGUAAGUGUUCUUUUGAAGUUCUGUAAUGGAAAUUCACAGAGCAAUAAGGCGGGAAUACUCCAAAUAAACAGCAAGAUGAUGGUUUCCUUCGCCCUUCUGAAUCCAGCAGGUCCUGUGGCCGGUCUUGAAGGCUUUAAAAAGUCUUUCAGCAUGGAAUCUUCAAUUGGCAAUAGCACCAGAACUUUGUAAUCACUAUCUCCUUACAUAACUCAGUAAACAAUAUGAAAACUGUACGCUGUAAAUAAAAUCUGUAUAACUAUACAACAUAAUCCAAUCGAAGAUUUACCUGAAAUCUGCUCCAGAAAGUCAAGUCGUGGUAUCUUGAAUCCCCCUCAUCGUGUUUGUUUAGCAGUGCACUCAAGCCGAGAAUGGUCACUUGAAGUGUUCUGCGACAUCCAUGAACACAGAAAUAAAAUUCUUUUGUUCUUUUGGGGUUCCAAUGAAAUGGUCUUGACCCUGAACUUGUUCUUCUUCAUUCUGCUCGUCAGGCUGACAGGUAUAUGACAUAACUAUUGCGUAAUCAAGUACUUGUGUAGAAUGUUGCAUGCCUCCAUUGGAUGGGCGGUCGAUGAACAUCGGGGACUUUCAGCAAACCGCAAAGGCUUUUGGAGAUACGAUAAACAGAGUACAGACUCCGAUAAAGCUCGGUAACCAAUUUAAAUAAUUGAAAAUUUAUGUUACGGCUAUGCAAAACCGUUUGUAUUAGAUGCGAAUACCGUAAAAAACACGCCAAUCGCAGACCCGGUCGACUUGUUUUGCUAUGACUUUGAUGACAGAUGCCGCUGGCGAAACAUUGAGGGAGCUGGAGUUGAUGAACUGGACUGGUAUCAAGGAGCCGGAUUCCUGGACGAAUCCAGGCUGAGAGUCUCUACGGGAACUCAUCUCAGCCCAGGUACGCCGGAAACUUCAUUUAUCUUUCAUGCCUUCAACAAAUGACAACUCAAAUCAUUUUCACUUCAGAUGGAUAUUACGGUAUUGCUGCAAGUGAUAGGAUUGAAUUUUCGACAGCGAAGGCUAUCUUAGUAAGUGAUCCAAUUGAUUGUCAACUGGGUCAAGCAGAGCUGAGAUUCAUGUGAGUCCUGAGAAUGCGAAAAUAAAUUCCCAGGUAUUGGACAAGCCCUGAAGUAAAGUUGAUUGUGUGCACAAAGACGUUGGGAAAGCCGCCUGGAUUUUAUGACUAUUGUGCCCCGGCCAUUGAGAAUGGGGAUCCAGGUCCUGCCUAUACCAGCAUCCCUGAUCUAGCUGGAGAAUCUUUCCAGGUAAGCCCUUAAAAUUUACACAGUCUCUGUCAUCCUUACCUCUUUUAUAGAUCUAUAUACAGGCCGAGAACUUUGUUUACAACUCAGCCAAUCUGCAAGGAGGCUUUGCAAUCAUCGACAGUAUCGAAUAUUACGGCGAAUUCUGUCCUCAGCCACAACUGAUGAGACAUAAUUCACAUCCAAGCAGAAUGGUAGGUGUCUAGUUAAAUAAGUCAUCUUUCAGGAGCAAAAUGUCCUUUCCGACGCUUCAAUUCCGUCACAGCCAGACCAAAGUAUCAUCAUCCAUUCGAACCCAGAACUACAUAAGGACAUCUGUGAUGUUCUUGAUUGUUCGUUUAACGCUACAGAAUAUUGUACUGGACAGAUUCAUGGAAGCGGCUGGUUAACCUCGACAUUCCCGACCAGUGAUCUGAUUGGAGGAAUCCCGGGAGAUGCGUCCCGACUCCCCUUCAAUCGAGGUAAACUCUUUUACGACAGAUAAGCAACAAUGCUAUUCUUAUAGAGGGAAGUUUUGCUUACAUUGGAGGGCCUCAGACCAGGACACGAUACACAACCCGGAAAUUUUCAGUAGAAGAAGACCUGUUCAUGAUGUUCGCCUACUUCAAAAGCAAUCAAAUGGGAGAUCUAAAGGUUUUCUUGAAGCGAGAACUUGAUACCAAGGAGCAACUUUUAUUCACGGUAGGCGCUUUUCGCGUUAUCAGAACCUUCUUUAGACACCUAAACUGACAUUGGAGAGUCAUCGAUGGUUCAGAGAAGUGAGGCCCUUAUAUCCAGGACAAUAUGAAUAUGUAAGGCAGCCUAAGCUGACAUAA